AUUUUGUGCUUUAUGCCAAUACUCGUGUCCAAUCCCUGUCCAACCUAAGACCUAGCAGUAUCAAACAUUAUUCCAUUAAUAUGCAUGAUAUAUACUAAACUGCUCAUAAGUUCAUCACUUUCACCUUCAAGCUAAGUCAAGAAAGUAACAUAAACAACUCAGAAUAGAAAAGAGAAAAAUAAGAUGGAAGCUAUGAAAAUUGCUGAAGUAGUGCAGACAAGUGAGCCAGUAAAGGACACAUACAAAAUAGCAUACAUCCUACAUUUCUUCCUAGGAGCCGGCAAUCUUCUUCCAUGGAACACGUUCAUCACAGCCAUUGAUUACUUCGCGUAUCUAUACCCAGCAAAGCACAUUGAAAGAGUCUUCUCAGUGGCUUACAUGACUUCCUCACUACUCGUCUUGUUACUGAUGAUAAAGGGCCAAGGAAGCACCAUGAGAAGCAAAGUUAGCUUUAGACUAAAAAUGAAUGUUGGCUUCUCCAUGUUUGUUCUGUCUUUAAUGGUAACUCCAACAAUCGAUUGGGCUAAAGGGUCGUCGUCCAUGAUGUGGAAGUCUGAUGGGAGCUUCAUCGCGACUGUGGCAUCUGUGGUGAUGUGUGGUUUAGCUGAUGGACUGAUCGGAGGAAGCUUGAUAGGUUCUGCAGGAAAGUUGCCCAAGGAGUAUAUGCAGGCAGUUUUUGCUGGAACUGCUUCCUCAGGGGUUCUAGUUUCUGUUUUGAGGGUCAUAACAAAGGCAUCGCUCCCUGAGAAUCCACGAGGUUUACAAACAAGUGCGCAUUUCUACUUCAUCGUGAGCGCCAUCAUCGUGGUGAUCUGCACAAUCUGCAGCAACCUGCUGUUCAGACUCCCAGUAAUGCAAGAGCAUUGCAACAAGCAACUAUCUCAACAACACAAUCACGAUCCUACAACUUAUAGGCCUGAACUUUCUGACAUUGCCAAGAAAAUCCUACAUCCCACAAUAGGAAUCCUAUCAAUUUAUGUUGUUACUCUAUCAAUUUUCCCUGGAUUCAUUUCAGAUGAUAAUCAUAAAUCUGACUUGCUUAAAGACUGGUACCCGAUUUUGGUUAUCAUGGUCUACAAUUUUUCAGACUUAGCCGGAAAAUCCCUCACUGCUUUAUUGAUUCCAAGCAACACAACUAGAGUGACAUGGGCGUGUUUGGCAAGAGUCGUGUUUUACCCUGCUUUCAGAGCAAAUCUUCAUGGACCUAGGUGGCUUAAGAGUGAAAUUUUUACAGUGUUGCUGACAUUUUUGCUUGGUAUAAGUAAUGGCUAUCUAACAAGUACCCUUAUGAUUCUAACUCCGAAAUCCGUGAGCUUGUUGGAGGCAGAAACUGCUGCUGUUGUCAUGGCCAUGGCUCUUGGUGUUGGCUUGGUUGUAGGCUCAAUUCUAGGUUGGCUCUGGAUCAUAUGAUAAAUGAUCUCUUCUUGUGUUGGCCCUAGAUCAUAUUAUAAUCUAUAAUAUGUAUCAGGUUUUUUGUACCAAAUUAUGCAUAUCUUGUCUUAAAUUGUUGUAGAAAUGAAGUUUUAUCAGCUUGUUACAUUUUCUUUAUCCUCAUUGUAGUAUAAUUCAUCAAUUAGUAAGAUUUACUAUCUCUAUUUUUUUUUAACUCACUUUUAUUUUAUUUCAUACCUAGCAAACUCCUUUUACAAUCUUAUGCUAUACUAUUUACACAUUUUCAUGAAAAUCCAUUACUUUAUGAACUUGUAACACAAAGUAUGAGAAAGGGAAAUGAAAAACAAAGAAGAAAAACUACUGCUCCAUUCAAUCCACUCUUCAUUAACAAACAUGAUACAUAAACAUGCCUUUAAUACGCUCUAAAGAUAUUGACAGUAGCUAAAAAUCAUAUAAUUAGAUAUUGCUAGAUUCAUUACCUCGCUAAGGGGGGGCGUUAGUAACGUACUAUAAAAUUACUUAAACUAGAAAUCAAGUUCCCACUAAUUUAAUUUGAAGCAUGACUUUUUCUGUUUCUAAAUAAAUGCAUCACUUUGACUUUUUUAAUAUUAAUAAUUACCAAACAACUAUUGUUAUGUAAAAUGUUUUACAUGAAAGGAAAAUAGCUUAUAAUAUACGAGUACUAUACAAAAUAAGGAAUACUUCAAAACACUUGGGAAGAGGGAUAUAAUGGUCUUCCCACAAGCACUAUACCAUUUCCAAGUAGAAUGUUGGAAUAGCUCCUACUGUGGUAUUCAUUAGCUUAAACAACCCAAACCCUGGAACCCAACUUGUUGAUCUCUGUUCCGAAACAAACCCCCCCCCCUCCUCGUGAGGCUACUCUUUGUUGGAUCCUUCACAAGCUCAAAGGCUCAAAAACCAGUGGCAGAUCUUGGCCAAAAAUAUUAGAGGGGCUGGAAUUUAAAUUUUUAACCUCUCACUCAAAACUAAUCACUAUGUUCUAAUAUUUUAUACUACCUCCAGAACAAAUUAUAUGCAACUUUGGAGCUCUCACGGAGCCCAAGACAAAAUUUCAUAAUAGUGAUUUAAUAGAUUAAAGAGUAUGUAAUUAAGGGCAGGAGAGAGAAUGGAGAUAAUUAACCACCACCACCAUCAACAACAGUCACCCCACUAGGCUACCACCAUAGCCUAACCGCAGCCUCGUCGGCACCACCUCCACUCACCCUGAACCACCGCAAAACCAACCCAAAACCACCUCCACUCACCCUGAAACCACCCAACUCAUCCAAAACCACCCCUGAACCAACCCGAAACCACCCCCACUCACCCCGAAACUCCAGAAAUCAUCUCCCAGUGAUCCCGAUACACCUCGAACCCACCCUUACUCACCCCAAACACCCUAAACACCCUGAACCCACACCACCACUCACCCGACCAACCAUCGUCGAACCCACCCCGAAAACUGCCUAAACUAGUCGAAUUAACUCGCUGAGCAGCUCGAUUUCUUGCUCAUCCUCACUCACUAAAACAGCGGCAUCGAGUGGGGUGAGAUCCGUCAUAUUCGGAGAAUAAGUUUCAAGAGAGAGGAGAGAGAAGGUGAAGGUAGGACGAUGCCGUACAACAAUGACAUGAGAGAGAAAGUGGAGUAGAGAAGGAAGAACGAAGAAGAAGUCAAUUUAGGGUUUUAAUCCCAGAAAAAUUUGGGGAAAUGUUGGCCCAGAUUGAUAUUUUUUUUUUUUAAAGCUGGGUGAUUGCUGAUUGGGGGAUUGAAUUAAUUUUGGUGGGACUACUUAAUUUAAUCUAGUUAGAUUAAGGGGGCGUUUGGUUUGCACAGGGUAAACGGAAUGGAAUGAACAAAGGGAAUGGAAUGAAAAUCCCUCAAAUGUAGUAUGUUGUUUGGCUGUAAAAACAAUGGGAAUCACUAGAUUCACCACCACCACACCCACACACCCUCACUUUCUUCACCGACGGAACCCUAACCCCCAUCCCUACCCCUCACAGACCUAACCCCUCCAACUACACGGUGGUUGACUUAUAAGGGUUUCUAGGGUCGAGGUGGCAUUUUUGAGGAGAGGGGGUGGCGUUUUCAAGGGCUAUGCGUGGGUGUGGGGAAGGUUUUCCAUGGAGGGAAGGUAGUUUCAAGGGGCGGUGAAGGGUUAGGGAGGGGCGGCGAGUUCCGGCGAAGGGUUAGGGAGGGGCGGUGACUGGUGCGACGUGGGGAUGGCCGGGAUUAGGGAAUUUUUUCGAGGGAGUUAGAGGCGAUGGCCGGCGAGGGGUGGGGGAGGGGAUGGCCGGCGAGGGUGGGGGAGGUGCGGCGAAGGGUAGGCGGUGGUGCGGUUUCCGGUGAUGUGGGUAGGUAGGAGGGUGGUGGUAUGGUGGUGUGCUGGUGGCCAAGGAAUGGAAUGGAAAUACCUUGGGGGGGUGAGGAAUGAACUUGGAGGGAUUUGGGGGAAUAAAGGGGGUAAAGGGAAUUGGAAAAGUGGCCUAACAAACAAGCACAAAGGAAAUGAUUCUCGUCGAUUCCCAUUCCCUUUGUUGAAUACCCCCAACCAAACGGCCCCUAAGUGUUUUAAUAACCUUAGUUUAGUUGUCUAACUAAGUUUUAAAGAAAUUUAGUAAGGGUAAAACAGUAAUUUCAUUUUUAAAAAUUUACUAAAAAUAAAAAGAAUGGGAAGGUUGCAUCUAAUGUGAAAUUUUCGUUUUUGGCAAAAGUUGCAUAUAAUAUGUUCCGGAGGUAGUAAGUAAAAUAAGGUUAUUUAUGUUCAUCAUCUAAUUAAUUACAAUAAUUUACCGAAUGGCCCCGGUGGAAGGUCCCCCUCUGCUCAAAACCAUCUUUAGAGCCACCCAACCAAUCCGGUUUUAUAUGUGCUUCUACACUCUACCCAUUAGUGAUCAUUGCACUAACGGAAGAAAAAUAUUUUCUAUCCUUUUGCCACUCUUAUUUUUUCUGUUGGGCCGAUCACUUGAUUAGAUCAUGAGCCAUCUUAUCAAUUUUAACCCCAACUGACAUUACGGGGGUUCUUAUCUAACACAAUAGCAAGUGGAAAGAUCAAGCAGCAAGGGAGAAUAAGGUUAAACCUACAUAACAUAACUGCAGAAAGUAUGUCGAAA